CACAAUUGCUCUCUCUCUCUCUCUAGUCUCGCACACAGACAGAAAUGAAAAUGGGGUGCUCCGCACUUCCGCAGCCGUUCCGAGUGUUGAACUUUCUUUCAUGAACUCAACUGUUAAUAUGAAAACAUACAAUAUACAUGAAUGAUCUAGAAGGCGAAGGUUUUUAAAUUAAAUUAGCCCUAAGCAAGGAAGGAAGGAAGAAAUGGGAUGCGCUCAAUCCAGAUUGGACAGCGAUGAAUCGGUAUCCAGAUGCAAGGAGAGGAGGAAUCAGAUGCAGCAAGCCGUUUUGCUGAGGAACGCCUUUGCUUCCGCUCACUCCGCCUACGCCAUGGCUCUUAAGAACACAGGCGCCGCCUUGAGCGACUUCGCGCAGGCCCAAGUCCCCCCUCCCGACAGCAAGCCUCCCCCUCCUCCGCAUAUCAUUGACAGGACUCCCCUCCCUCCACCUCCCCCGCCCUUACCCAACUUCUCCCCUCUCACGCCCUUGCAGCGCUCUAUCACUAUGCCUGAGCUCUCUAAUCCGGGGGAGAAGAUGAAGAGCAUAGCCAUUGGCGAGGAUGAGGAAGGUGUUGGUGGGUUCAAUCAUCAUCCAAACGGCGUGGUCAUACCUGAUAGAAAUGAAGAGGGGACUCCAGUUACAGAUCCACUCUCUCCUCAACCUCAUGGCUUAGCUUGGGAUUACUUUUAUAUGACGGAUAAUGUGCCCGGAACAGCCCUAAAUGACGUGGAUGAGGAUGGAGAUGGUGAUGAUAGCCCUGUCACUCCAACAACUGAGAAUCUCGGUGAAGAAUUCAAGACACCGGAGAAAGGAUUAACAGAGGAGGGGACACCUCCUGUGAUGGGGAGGCAGAAAAACUUUGUUCAUUCUAAGACUGCGCCUCCAGGAAUUAUAGAAUUGGUUGGCAGUGAUAAAGCAGCGAGUGCAAGUAGUGCAGAUUUCUAUCAGGUUUUCAGUGUGAUAGAUGAUCAUUUCCUCAAGGCUUCAGAGUGUGUUCAAGAGGUAUCACUGAUGCUAGAGGCUGCUACCCUGCAUUAUCACUCCAACUUCGCAGACAAAGCAAAUAUAGAUCAUGCGGCAAGGGUAAUGCAAAUCAUCACAUGGAACAAAUCUGUCAAUGGAGAGUCAAACAGUGAUGGUGCAAAGGAAAAUCACGAUGGUCGUGAAUUUGAGACUCAUGCCACUGUUUUGGAUAAGUUGCUGGCUUGGGAGAAGAAACUAUAUGAGGAACUAAAGGCUGGUGAGAUUAUUAAGCAUGAAUAUCAAAGGAAAGUUGCUAUUCUAAACAAGCUGAAAAAACGCAGUGCUAGUUCUGAAUCACUGGAGAAGGUGAAAGCCGCUGUUAGCCAUUUGUAUACACGUUUUAUAGUUGAAAUGCAAUCUUUGGAUUCAACAGUCACGGAAGUGAAUGAUAUUCGCGACAAGCAGUUGUAUCCGAAGCUGGCUGAUCUUGUCCUCGGGAUGGCCAAGAUGUGGGGAUCUAUGUGUAGACACCAUGAAGAACAGAUGAGGAUAGUUAUGGACCUCACAACCAUUGACAUCUCUGCCACCCCCAUAGGAACAACCAAACAUCACCAGGAGCGCACCAUCCAACUAGGCGAUGUGAUUAAGGAGUGGCAUGACCAGUUUGAAAACCUCGUGAAUAACCAAAAAAACUACAUCCAAACCCUCAGCAAGUGGUUAAAACUAAACCUCGUCCCGGUCGAAAGUGGCCUGAAGGAAAAGACAACACCAUCUCCACCCAGACCUGAAAACCCGCCCAUCCAAACGCUCCUCCAAGCCUGGAAUGAGCUUCUCGAGAAAAUCCCUGAUGAGCACUCCAAAAGUGCAAUUACCACUUUUGAAGCUGUGAUAAGGACAAUCAGUCUUCACCAGGAGGAUGAAAUGAAGUUGAAGGACAAGUGUGAAGAAACAAGAAAAGAGUACAUGCGUAAGAGUCAGUCGUUUCAAGAAUGGUGUCAGAAGCACAUGCAGCAGCAGCAUAGGGCCCCACGGGAGGAUGAGGUGGACCCUGUUUCAGAGAGGCAGUUUAUGGUGGAGAGCUUGAAGAAGAGGUUGGAUGAGGAAACGGAAGCUUAUCAGAAGCAAUGUGUCCAAGUUAGGGAGAAAUCUUUGGGAGGUCUGAAGAUUCAAUUGCCUGAACUUUUCCGGGCCGUGAGGGAUUAUUCACACAUGUGCUUCAUUGCUUAUGAAAGAUUGAGACUGCUAGUGGAAUCACAGAACAACAAUCCAAUUCAGGAGUCCGUAGGAUUGUCUGACUUUUAAUUUUAUUCUUGCCAGGAAACUGCAUUUCUAUGUGGAUGAUAUUUUCCAUUGGGUUGCAGUAUUUUUCUAUAGAACUUGGCAUGAAAUGGUUAUUGAUAUUUAUCUUUCAAAAUCUUUAGCAAGAAAAAUUGAUGUUGUAGUGAGCUUUUGAUGGGAUGGGGGUAAUGAUAUACAAUUGAAUUGAUU